GUAACUGGGGAUCGUGGAGUGGAGGUGUGGGAAAAAAAUGUUGGAGUAUUAUGAUUUAGUAAUUACUUAUAUUGUAAUAAUGUAAACUGACAUGUAAUUUUAUUAAGCCUUAAUAACGUGUUUUAUCUUUUGUUUUAUUUGAUUUUAUCUUUGUUUUAUUAUUUUAAAUAUAAUUUUGUAAUAAUCCAUGUGUCAAAAUCUUAUUGGUCAUGCGACUUGCGCUUUAGUAUAUAGGGAAUUAAAGAAUAAUUCAGUAUUUAAGGCAAAUUUUCCUAAUUUUAUUUAAUUUGUGUAUGUUAGGGUAAACAAAGAAAGCAGAACCCAAAAAAACGAUGGCGGCUCCUCAACUAGCAUGUGUUUUGCUUGUGGAAACUGAACUCAAAGGUUGGCAAAAGACAUUACAUAAAAUAUUUGUGGGCAUUGAAGGUUUAGCGUUCUCCAUUGAUGCACCCGACUGGUGGACACAUGGGGAAGGAGCUAAUCCUAUGAUGUUCACUAAGAAGUUGAUGUUUUUACGUGGUGAAGUUGAUCCUGUGGUCUUCAUUAAAAAGUUAUUUAAAGCGAAAAUUUACGCUAUGCUCUACAGGAUUGAUUAUGGACAUGAAGAGAAUCCACAAGGCAUCCGGAAACCUAAUAAUCAUUUUCUGAGAUUUAGAUUUGAGAUAGACAUGUUAGAAGGAAGUUGGUACAAGAAAAUCAUAGGAGCUUUAAAGACCAUCCAAGGUGUAUCAUUUACCAUAGAUGCACCAAGUCAGAUGGUAUAUAUGUGUGGGAACAUUGAAGAAGGUUUGCUCUUGAAGAUGUUAACGAAGACGGGCAUUCAAAUUUUGGGAAUGGACUAUGGUAAUUUGAAGCCACCUCCCAAGAAAGUUGAGGCUCAAAUAUCAGAUGGAACCGAGACACAACCCAAGAAAGACACAGAGCCUCCUCCUGAGAUUGUUGUCACGAAACACCAAGCCAAAAACAAGAAACCUCGUGGUUUUAAAGUUUUUUGUUGUCCAUGAAUCAUGUCGUCAUUAGAACAUAGUAUUCUUAAGUUCCAGUCGUUUAUUUAAGAGUCUGAUAACAACAGACAUUUACUAUUUUUGCGUUUUCUUCCAUAGAUUCAAUUCCAAGUAAAGUCUUUCUUUCUUUCUGCGUGUUUUACUACCUAGAGGAGAGCGGCUUGAUAACAACCAACCAAAAAUGAAACCAUGGGUUUGGAUUGAAUGGAUUAUUUCUCUUACUAAAAAUCUCAUGUGGCUUGUCAUGAGCAUCCGUUUAUGUAGCAGUCAAGGAGACUCUCCGUGAGAUAGAUCGAAAAGCAUUCUUGCUUUGUUUAUUUCAUUCUCUCUGAAGUUACAUUUUACCCACAUUGUAUGGGGUUAUUUUAAAGAUGUGUGCUGGUAUUUUUGUGCUUUUUCCUGGCCUGUUUGGCUCAGAAUUAUCAGAAUAUUUUGGAUUUUUCAUUGAAUUAUAAGUGCUAAAAACAAAAAUGAAUGGAAAUGAAUGGAAAGAAAAAACUAUUUUUUAUGAAUUAUAAAAAAAUUUAGAAGUAUUAAAAACAAUAUUUACUAAUUUAUGAUUUUCAUCAGAAUAUAUAGUUAUAUAAGCUUUAAAAAUAUAUUAUCUUAUCUAUUUGUGUGGUGUUUUGAAUUGGUCCAAUUUGAAACCGAUAAAAUUCAUUAAUUUAUAGGUCAUACAUCACAAAUUUCUGUUAUAUGUUAGAUAGUGGUUUAUAUUUUCAAAAUGCAAUCAUACACUCCCUAGCCAAAUUUGGAUUCCUAGUUCCGCAUACAAUAGUAAAUAAUUGCUUCUUAUCAUACUUCUGUUUUUGAGAAUUGGUCAGAUUUCAAAGAAAC